AUGGACGUGGUACCAUCUCCGAGUGCACAAGAAAGAGUAAGCAAAAAAAACAAAAAUAUCCCCUUACCUGAAGGAAUUCACCUUUUAUCAUCUAAAGAGAUAAUCGAUCUAAUUCAAACUCACAGACAUCAAUUAGAGCUAUACGUCACAAAAUUCAAUCCCUUAACUGAAUUUGCUGAAAAGAUUAAUGCCUUUAGAGAUCAAUUUAAACAACUGGAAGAAAGCUUUAAAGAUUUACAUGGACAAAGAGAUAAGGUCCAAGUUUUAUUAGAAAACUGCAGAAUUUUAGAAUCCAAAUACGUAGCCAGUUGGCAAGAUUAUCAUUCCGAAUUUUCAGAAAAAUAUGGUGAUAUAGCAUUGAGAAAGAAGCUAGAGCAAAAUACAAAAAAACUUGACGAGGAAAGUUCGAAAUUAGAAACUACCACGAGAACCAUCGCGUCGGCAGAUGAACUGGAUCAGUUCAUUAAAAAUUAUAUGGACAUACGGACGCAAUACCACUUAAGGAGAGAGAAACUGGCAACCUGGGAAAAACAAGGUAAUUUGAAAUACUAG